AGCGCGGAUUGCGAAGAGCAUGACGAUGAAUGUUAGAGGAGGAGGAGGGAGUAGGCUGCAGCAGUCAACGAGAGCUCCAGCGAAGCAUGGCAGAUGGUGAUUUUGAAACACGGGUUGGAUAGCAGCAACAAGCAAAGUGCUUAGCUUUUCGACUAUGUUAGCGUCGAUUUUCUCGGUUUUUACCCCGGAAAGAUGGAUUUACUGUCUUUAAGGACGAGGCUCGAGGAACUGAACCGCUUGUGAAUUGCAUUCAUUUUCAUGAGAAUCGGGGAUUGACUUUAUAUACGUUGUAGUUUAGGAAAAUGCUUUUCAAUUUUUCCUUGUCAUUUUCAUCGGUUCGUCUCCUGUUCACUCCUUGCUUGCUGUAUGAAUCUUCUGCCAAAUUCCAAAUUUCCUCCAGAAAGUCUCGACUUUUCUAUCUUCUUUUGCUUAGCUGAUGUAUGUAUUCCCAGGCAUUAAAAAUUUGAAGAGGGUGGAAAUGUUGGCAACCAAAUCUGUGGAUGCAACGAAGUCAACUGCUAGUCAGCGAAAAUUGAGCAGAGAGAGAAAAUUGGCGCUGCAACAGGAUGUGGAUAAGUUGAAGAAGAAGCUCAGACAUGAAGAGAACGUUCACAGGGCUCUUGAGAGAGCUUUUACAAGACCUUUAGGAACUCUGCCUCGGCUCCCCCCUUAUCUCCCAACAUGUACUCUAGAACUCCUGGCCGAGGUUGCUGUAUUGGAAGAGGAGGUUUUGCGGCUGGAAGAACAGGUGGUACAUUUCAGGCAGGACUUAUAUCAGGAAGCCGUGUACAUUUCAUCAUCCAAGAGGAAGAUUGUUGACAAAGCAUCUGAUUUGCAUAGACCAAACCCAAUGAAGAAUCUUAGACCUGAACGGCCCAGAGUCCAAGCUCAAAUUGCUGGCGGCUCCACGCCCUCUGGAACCAGGCACUUGUUGUCUCGCCCUGCAGAUGCAUGUGGGGAAGAUAAGCAAGCAUGCACUAAUUCUACAAUUGACAAGAAGGAAUCUGCCGCACAUAAAACCCAUGGAGCCAAAGUUGCUAGAAAGGGACGCCCUGUAGAUAAUGGCUUGGCAGAGAAGUAUUUGGAGACUCAAAAAUCACAGCUUGAGAGUAGAGCAACAGACCUAGAAAAGGCAAAAGCAAGGAACCGAACAGAUUCUGAUGAUGGAGUGCGAGGUGAUGAAAAUCCGAACAAAAUCUCCGAGAAUGUUUUGAAGUGCCUGUUGAGCAUAUUCUUGAGAAAGAGCUCAAAGAAGAGCAGGGUUACAGCUGAAAUUUCAUCAUUCUUGUCUACGACUAUGUCGGAGGAGGGCAGUGCAGAAAUGGACUUCCUUGAUCCCUAUGGCACGCGUUCAGAGUAUAGAAAGAAAGAUAUUGGCCCAUAUAAGCAUCUUUAUUCAAUUGAGGCUGGCUCAAUCAAUCCAAACAGAACGACUAACUGUGUAUUUUUAGAGCAAAGGUUAAAAGUCCUCCUCGGAAAACUUGCGCGUGUCAAGUUGGAGAAUCUCACUCACCAGGAGAAGCUUGCAUUCUGGAUUAACAUUUAUAAUUCAUGCAUGAUGAAAGCAUUCCUCGAACAUGGAAUAUCAGAAAGUCCCCACGUGGUUGUUGCGCUGAUGCAGCAGGCAACAAUAAAUGUUGGAGGACACCUUCUUAACGGCAUAACAAUCGAACACUUCAUCCUCAGACUUCCUUACCAUUUAAAAUAUACCUCCACAAAGGGUACAAAAAAUGCGGAAUUGACAGCGAGAAGAAUCUUUGGAUUGGAGUUAUCUGAACCAUUGGUGACUUUCGCACUUUCCUGUGGAAGUUGGUCAUCUCCUGCUGUGCGAGUCUACACGGCAUCGCAAGUGGAGAAUGAACUUGAAGCAGCGAAAAGAGACUAUUUGCAGGCUGCAGUCGGAAUUUCUGCCGAGAAAUUUGUGAUCCCAAAGCUGCUGGACUGGUAUCUGCUUGACUUUGCCAAGGACUUGGACUCCUUGCUCGAUUGGAUUUGUCUUCAGUUACCCAGUGAACUAGGAAAACAAGCAAUCAAGUUUCUUGAGAUGGGAAAAAGCAAUGUUCCUUCAAAGUUUGUUCAGGUUGUUCCCUAUGAUUUCACUUUUAGGUACCUUCUAUACACACAAUAAGUUUUGGUUUUAUUAAUUUGCUAGCCUCAAUAUAGGUUCUUCGCACAAUCUGUGUCAAUAAUGUAUAGUGCAGUUAAAGUUAUAAUUGGUUCUCGUAAAUCUCGGGAACUAAUUCUUCAGCCAGAGUAUGCUUCUUGUAAAUGGAUCAUGGGAGGAAAUGCAAAUAAUCAAUGAUGCCGGGAUCGAUGUUCUGAACAUGCUUGAAUAUUGAAAAGCAAUGACUUGAA